AGCAACAAAAACAUUAUCUUGUCUUAAUGUUUUAUUGAUAAACCGACAACUAGCCAAUUUUCUUUUAAUUUAAGGCAUUUUUUAUCGUUUUUCUUAUUGUCUGGUUUGCUAAGUUGUGUCUCUAUAAGUUUUUAGUUUUACCCCGUUACUUAGCGAUGGGGAUUAAGGGUCUUUUGCCAUUUUUGAAGAAGGCUUGCCAUCAGGGAAAUGUGAAGGAGUUUUCUGGGUGUACGGUUGCAGUUGAUACGUACUGCUUACUCCAUAAGGGUGCAUUUGGCUGUGCGGAUCAGCUGGCGAGGGGUGAUCCUACAGAUCAGUAUGUGAAUUACUGCAUGAAGUUUGUGAAUCUGCUUCUCUCCUUUGGCAUCAAGCCAGUGCUAGUGUUUGAUGGUUGCCGGCUACCAUCCAAGGCUGGAACAGAAAAGCGCAGACGAGAAAAGAGACAGCUGAUGAAACGAAGAGGUAAACAGUUCUUACGUGAAGGUAAACCUCAAGAAGCUCGCGACUGCUUUCAGCAAUGCAUCGACGUUACUUCACAGAUGGCGCUAGAUGUCAUGCUUGCUGCUAGACAGAAGGGAGUUGACUGCAUCGUUGCCCCGUAUGAGGCAGAUGCCCAGCUUUCGUACCUCAACAAAUGCGGUUUCGCUCAGCUUGUCAUGACAGAAGAUUCUGAUCUCGUCCUUUUCGGCUGUGAUAGGAUCAUAUUUAAGAUGGAUCUGAAUGGCAACGGUGUUGUCUACGAGAAGGCGCGGCUAGGGGAGGCACUCGGCUCGUCGGCCGCCCAAUUCACGUUCGAGAAGUUUCGUCGCAUGUGCAUCCUGUCUGGCUGCGACUAUCUCGACAAUCUGCCGGGAAUCGGUCUCUCAAAGGCCAUGAAGUUCUUCAAGCUGGCGCGAAACACGAACCUGAGUGUGAUUUUAAGCAAAGUUGGGAGCUAUCUGAACAUGCCGGGCCUCAACAUAUCUAGUGACUACAUCAACAACUUUAUAAAAGCUGAGAAGACAUUCCUCUAUCAGUUGGUGUUUGAUCCAGUAACGAGGAGAGUGGUACCCCUGGAGCCGUAUCCAGAUACCAUUGAUCCUGACGAUCUGGACUUCGCUGGACCGCUCAUCGACAAAGUCGCUGCACUGCAGUUAGCUCUCGGGAAUCUCGACGUCAAUACGCUGAAACGGUUAGGAGAUUACGACCCAGACAAGCCAGUGCCUUCACCAAAGACAGACAAGUGGACAUCCAAUGUGAAGCGAUCUUCCAGGGAACCACACAUGUUCAGUAUCUGGGAUAAGAACUAUAAGCCACGGGGACAAGUCAGAAAACCAAACCCUCUAGAGGUAGUAGAGCAUGUUAUAAUCGAUAUCUGCAUACAGCCUUUUUGUUUAAUUUUAAGCAAAGUUGGGAGCUAUCUGAACAUGCCGGGCCUCAACAUAUCUAGUGACUACAUCAACAACUUUAUAAAAGCUGAGAAGACAUUCCUCUAUCAGUUGGUGUUUGAUCCAGUAACGAGGAGAGUGGUACCCCUGGAGCCGUAUCCAGAUACCAUUGAUCCUGACGAUCUGGACUUCGCUGGACCGCUCAUCGACAAAGUCGCUGCACUGCAGUUAGCUCUCGGGAAUCUCGACGUCAAUACGCUGAAACGGUUAGGAGAUUACGACCCAGACAAGCCAGUGCCUUCACCAAAGACAGACAAGUGGACAUCCAAUGUGAAGCGAUCUUCCAGGGAACCACACAUGUUCAGUAUCUGGGAUAAGAACUAUAAGCCACGGGGACAAGUCAGAAAACCAAACCCUCUAGAGGUAGAGCGAGCGGCUCCAACCAAGGGCAAAGAGGUGACAAUUCACAACUGGCUACCUGCCAACACUGUCAGAAGAAGUCCGAGGAAGAGGCCAAGGGAUGUACAGGAUUCUGACUCCCAGCAAGCACACACAGACUCUGAGCUGGCAGCCAUGUAUGGUGGCGUGGUGACACCAACACCGCCCCUGGACAAGAAGCCAAGAACAAAUGUAGAGCCCAGCGUAACGAGGCGUGCACCCGAAAUCAGAAGUCGAUUCUUUGCUGCCAGGCAGCCGAACAUCAAACAGGAAAGACUGUCCACUGCUCUCAUGGUAACUGAGAGGGUAUCGCUAGCAGGACCGGACGGUGAGUUAGACUGCAGUACGGAUGGAGUGCCAUCAGGAGCGGUGGGAACAAAGCCGGACAGAGCUGGACAACUACAGUGCGGCCAAUCACCGACGACGCAUGAUCCAUCGUCGAAUUCAGACGAGACUUUGAGACGCACGUCUCGAGCGAGCCUCCACACGAACCGUCUGGAUCGCGUGUUAUCCAGAGCCGCCGCUAUCGAGACGGCCUCGCCACGCGACCCCGAGACGACCUUGCCAUGCGACCCCGAAACGACCUCGCCGUGCGACCCCGAGAUGACCUCGCCACGCGACCCCGAGACCGUCGCCAGCAGAAACCCUUUUCGCGUCGAGCCGACGCAGCGAAGCAGUAACACUGGCGUUGCCGGCUUCGUGCACCGAGAUGCCUUCAAGCAGCCUCCGGUCGCCGUGGCAACGGCAGGAACGGCGGCUGCGUCUCCCGGCGGCCGCACGUUUGACUGGGACCGCUACCAGAGCGACUUCACGGCGCUCUCGGGUCGUCGCCCAUCCUCGCAGAGCCCCAGCACGCGGCGGCAGUACAAGCUGCCCAGCAGUGUCGCGGCCGCGGCGGGGGGCUCCCGUGGGGCGGCCGCGCAGGGCGAGCGGACCCCCGACGACGGCGACUCCCAGGGAAGCGCGGCCGGGUCCCUGUCGCAGUUCUCCAACGUGUGCAGCGUAGAUGGCGACAGCGUCAGUCUGAGUCAGUUCUGGUGCAGUCGGAGCUCGCAGUCCGACGCCAGCGACUCCGCCGCCACCGCGCCGGGGACUGAUCUCGGGCAGAGUGAUGAGCGGGAGACGUCGCAGCCGGGUUUCCCGUGCGCAGCAGCCUUGGAUAUCAUCUCGGAGACAACCGGAUCUCAGGAGGGUAGCCACUCGGGGUCGUUGUCACAGGAGGUGGGUGGUGGCAAGGAUGUCGUCGGGGGGUCGGCGGAGUCUCGGUCGAUCAGCGAUCGCUUGACGGCGUCACAACCGAGCGAGAAACGAUUCGUUACCGGCGAGGGAACCUCUUCACGCGGCACAGGCUCACAGCGUCUAUCUGCAGGUCAGAGCAAGAUGAGCUCGUGUCGUAGACAGGGUUUAGCAAAGAGAACUGUGCAGGGAAGAGGCAGCAGCGAAAACCAACGCAGUGUUAAGGAUAUGCUGCACAAAUUCAGCUAUUCAAAGAAACAACCAACGAUCUCAUCGAGGCCAGCUCCUCUCUCACCGUGCAAGAGCAACGUUUGCACUCCAGAUAGCCGCAACAGCUUGCUAAACUCUGCUGCACCUUCAACACAACGUACACUCUACAUGUAAGCACCUGCUGGACACAACCACUGAUUUAUAUCUUACCGAUUUCACUUUACGGCGGUGCAUCCCAGUCUAGAGUGAAUCUAGGGGUUGGGUUGGCUGGAUAAACGCAAUUUGUUUUUCUAUUGGCUCAAAUCGAAGACGUGCAUUUUAUGUUAGACGAGCGCUGAUUGUAAUUAAUAGGAUCCCGAUGGAACUGGAUUUAUUACAAAACCCUCAUUUUAUAAGUAUAUUUUAGUGGGAGCCCUGUAUUUUACUUAAUUAUCAUUCAAAUUAAAUUGCUCAAUUCUAUACUUUUGGUAGGCUAUAGGCUCAUGGCAUUGGCCGGAAUAGAAAGUUUCGUUUUGGAAAAAAACUGCAUGUUUUAGGGUGACCGUCUUGCAUAUAUGUAUAUAAGAUUUUUUUGAAAAUGCAAGUGAAUAGUGUACAUUUGUUUUGUUAGGGGUUUUUGUGAUAGGCUAUUUGCACAAUCAAUUUUAUAGGUGGAUAACAUAAUCAUCGUAUGAUGCAAACAAUAAAAUGUUGAUAAUAUAUCAAUUUAAAUGCAACUUUG